AGAAGCUUAACACUGUACAUUAUCGACCGCUGAGUCCAUAAACAGUAAAGUAAGCUGGUGGUAUCUGUGGAAUGUGGUUCUAUGUUCUCUACCUCUUUCACACAGGAAACACGGUCCUGAUUGUGGCCCAUGCUUCCUCCCUGGAGGCUUGCACUCGCCAGAUACAAGGCCUCAGCCCCCAAAACUCCAAGGACUUUGUCCAAGUUGUCCGAAAGAUUCCUUACUUGGGUUUCUGCGCUUGUGAAGAAAUGGGAGAGACCGGGGUGUGGCAGCUGGUCGACCCACCCAUCUUGCCUCUGACACAUGGACCCAAUCACAGUUUCAACUGGAGGGAAAUGCUAAUGCAAGACUGAAGGAUACGCUGUUUGGCUCUUUAUCUUUUAGCAGCCUGAACUGCUGAAAAAUUAUUUAUUUUUUAACCUACACUGCUAUAAAUCCAGCCCAACUACCAAAAAAAAAAAAAAAAAAAAAGUGAAAAAGUCCAGCUUCCGUCAAAGACAUCAUGCAAAAAAAUCUGUGCAUUCAUUGAGGCAAAUGUUUUCAGACGCACUGCUCAGGAACGAGAAAGUACAGCUUGUGUGGAGCAAAAAACGAGCUACAGUUUGGGCGGCAGCUUGUCGCGUUUGUCUCAGUGUUACACUUUUUUAGCCCAAAAUGUGGAGGUGCUACAAGAAAUCUGGAUAGUUCUUGACGGUUGCGGAUUAAUCAGGUUUUAUGCCAUGAGAAGGUGUCUCAUUAAGCUCUGUCUGUGGCUCCACCUCAGGCAGAGACCGGGCGGUGAAGACUUUGUGUUGCGCUGCCUUCUCACACACUGUGACGAGAGAGACUUGUACGAAAGAAAUAUUUUUCCAUGUGUCAGAAAUUAUUAUUUAACUCGUAGCCACAACCCUCCGGCGAAAAAGCACAAAAGAAAUGUUGACAAUCAGACAGGUGGAGAACUGAUCUUCAUUGUUUCUGGUGCUGAGGUGGGUUCGUUUAUUAUACCUGUUUUAUUCCUGUAAAUGUCAUAUCAUUUUUAUGUUCACAUUUAUGUGCCCACAUGAAUCACUUAACCUUCCUGUAAGCCAUGGUCCACCGGACUGAUCUGAAGGACACCAAGUUAAUACGACGAGAGAAUUUUCACGUGAUAAUAUACAGAAUGCUGUUGUUAAUUUUGUCCAAGUGCAUCGACUAAAACUUUUGCUUGUUCAUCACAACCGUUACACUCUGUAAGCCUGAUGACCACACCGCUUUUCAAAACACUUGGUGUGUUUGUUUUCUUUUGGUUACAUCAGAUGAUUUAAGUGCUUACUGCUUAUACCAAUUAUUUGCUGUAUGACUCUGAAAAUCUAUUGAUAAUGAAUGAAUAAACUAAGGUUGUGGAGCUAUGAAGGAUUGUA